GCCCGCGGCGCAGGUUGCACCGACCGCCUCCUCUUCUUGCGGCUCGCUCCCGAUAGUACGUACCGGUGCGUCGGAUAGUGACACCGGCACCGCGUGUCUGGUGCAUACGCGGCUGCUCAAUAUAUGUAUUCUUCCCUGAGGCACCAAGACUGUUAGAGGAGAGAACUAUUAUGGAGUAUCUGAGCGGCGGCUAAAUGGGGGCCGAUGGACAUUUUCGCGUGACCUUGUCCCUCAGGAGGGAACCAGGUGCCGGUCCAGUCUUCUGCAAGAUGGAGACGUCCGCCAGGUUCCGGCAGCUGAAGACGGUGAAGCUGAGCUGCGAGACGACCUACCGGCUUGAUAUUAGCUUCAAGCCGCCGCAACUGCUGCAAUCCCUGAGUAUCGGUGGGAAACAGGUGGAGGCGAUUGAACGCGCGAGGAACGCAACAGCGUGCGCUUAUAGCGCUUAUCACAGCACCAAAGAUAUUCCGGCAAGUGCACGUGGUCAUCGGGAAGAUCUGCCGAUUGCCAUGAGAGUCCUCGGUUCCGGCUACCUGACCACCUGUCUGCAGAUCAAAUACUACCGGCUAGAUGAUCAGAGUCACUGUGAGUGGGGUGCCAGAUUGCACUGCAUCGAGCUUGAUUGUUCCAGCGUCGAGGGACGUCUCGUUACGGUGGAUCGAGAGACCUACAGAAAGCUCGGCAUAGAAUCUUAACGAAACGUCAUCAGCCUCACCCGCGGUACCGGUGACUCGUUGCCAGUUCAUUAUACAGCGAGUAACCUGCCACAAUCGAUGCCUCUCGCACACGAUCGGCUAAAUACUUUACGCUCAUAAAUGGUAAACACAGCUUGUAUCAAUAAGGCUCAUGUUCGGAUGAAUUAAAGCCAGGUACUUUUCUCUAUAAAACCUCAAGAUAAGCAAAAACAGAUCAUAAUCAGAGUCUAUUUGACA